AUGAAAGCGUUGACCACUUGUACCUUGUUCUGGAUAUUGUGGUUCAACAACCACAUCUGCUUGAAAUGUCAGGAACGCAACUUUCGAAUAAAGUUAGAAGAGUUCUCAGUGAAAUACAGGGUACGUGAUUUGAUCGAGCAUAUUGAUUUCCGCAUCGUUCACCUCAACAAUCGGAGCUUUGUUAAUGGUGAGAUGAUAUUGAAGUCGGACGUGGAGGAUAUACUAAUGCACACCGCUAUGGACUUUUGGAAGGCAAGCAACAAAAAGAAACUCAAACUAUAUGAUGGUCGCAUGGAUGCUUGUAAAUUCCUUAGAACUUCACACCGGUUUGGAUUGUUUAACAUUUACGUAAAAAGUUUUAGAAAACACACAAACGCCAACUUCUCGUGCCCCCUAAAAAUGAAUUACAGCUAUACCUUGACCAACUGGCAUAUGGAUGAGAGGGAUCUUCCUCCUUUCGUUCCUUUUGGUACAUUUCGCACCAUUACCGAAUAUUUUACCCAAGACCGAUUAGCAUUACGAAUCGCUACGCAAGGAAAAGUAAUUGCCAAUAAGUUGGCGGAUGUGUAA